AAUUUUGUUAUUAAAGAUGGAAUAAUAUCGCGAGAGCAGUCUCUAGAGUAACAUUCAAGCAUCUGUCGAAAUAGCCCAGUUGCGGUUCAAUCCCGGAUUUCGGCUAGUUGAACUUUUUUAUUUGCCUUACUUCCAAGAGUCAAUCGAUCUUGAGGAGGAAUCUUGGCUCACACCUGGAUUAAAUAGAUGUGUUCUACCAAGCAUGCCAGAUGAGGUUACACUAGCGAUAAUAUCCGAUAUCCCCAGUGGUUUAUACCAUUGGGACGCUCUCUACCAUUUCGUAGCUCCAAGGAUACGGCUGUCUAAUGGCUUCACUUUAGUGCCUUAAGCGAUUCCCUAGGCGAUGCCUUUCCCGUUCAAUAUAGCUUAAUAACAUCCGUUUAUUACUUUGUGUACCACAGCCAUGAAUAUAGAACUUAUAUCCAGUACGUAUAGCAAGAAAUAAGAAUGUCAUUAUUUUUCUGACAAUGAAUGAGUCAUUCUUCUACCAAUAAAUUGCCUUGUCAUUAUUUUUCAGGGCGCCCAUGACUUUCUUCCAUCCAAUUGUUGGUAAAAGCUCGUGGCAUCAUCGAUACAGAAAAGAGAGCUAAUGAACUUUAAUGAGCUCAAACGUUGUCUAAUCAUAUUUCUAUCCGUUUUGUUUUAUGAUAAGCGAGAGUCCAUCGUGCAGAGGAAUGCUCCAAUGGUUUUUCACGAUUUGCACGGACUAAUGCCUGACCUCCAGUCGAGAACUAACUGCGAGCAGGCACUUGCGUACGUCAUUGACGUGAGAUAGUGAACUAAUGGUGAAAGAGAGCGAAUUGAAAAGAGAGAAGCAUAAUGAUGACUUCCAUCAACUCUGACAGAACUCCUUUGCUCUCGAACGAUACACAAAUGCUCGUGAAUUUACGAUGGAACCGCAAGAUUGUUCAAAAGAGAUUACCAAUCGCAACCUGGUUACCGCUGUACAAUUGGAGUAAAUUUCUGCAAGACAUCCUAGCAGGAUUAACAGUGGGUCUUACUGUGGUUCCCCAGGGAAUAGCAUACGCAGUGAUAGCAGGACUCUCACCUGAGUACGGACUUUACAGCGGAUUCAUGGGCUGCUUUGUUUAUCUGAUCUUUGGUGGAACUAAAGACAUCACUAUAGGACCCACAGCUGUCACAGCUUUGCUCUCCCAGCCAUAUGUAUUAAAGCUUGGUGCGGAUCUUGCGGUUCUGCUCUGCUUCCUGUCAGGAUGUAUCAUCGUGAGCAUGGGUCUGCUGCAUUUAGGCUUUCUUGUGGAUUUUAUUAGUAUGCCAGUCAUAUGUGGCUUCACUAAUGCUGCUGCUAUAUUGUCAGCCACCUCGCAACUCCAUACUCUUCUUGGUAUUACUUCGAGUAGUAAUUCCUUUAUUGGUAACAUAAUCCAGUUCAUACAGAACAUAGGUAGCACUCGCUUGUGGGAUACUGUGCUAGGAUUUUCAUCGAUCGUCUUUCUCAUAAUAUUAAAGAAUAUACCUGGUGAAAGAAGUGGAAAUGUUGGCCAGAAGUGUAUAUGGUUAUUAAAUAUUAGUAGAAAUGCUCUGGUUGUCGUUAGUGGAAUACUCGUUGCAUAUUUGUGCUCCAUAAAUGGACUCACGCCCUUUAAAAUCACUGGAAACAUAACAGAAGGACUACCACCAUUUGCUUUUCCACCAUUCUCCACGGUUUACAACAAUCAGACGUAUAACUUCAUUGACAUGGUUGAUAAGCUGGGUACUGGCCUGAUUUCGGUACCUCUAAUCACCAUUCUAGAAAGUAUAGCUUUAGCAAAAUCUUUCUCUAAAGGUAGAGCCUUAGACUCCACGCAAGAGAUACUUGCUGUUGGACUGUGCAAUGUAUUUGGUAGCUUCGUAAGAUCCAUGCCGGUUACAGCAAGCUUCACCAGGACUGCGGUUAAUCACGCAUCAGGCGUCAUAACGCCGAUGGGAGGUGUUGCUACUGGUACUAUUGUGCUUUUGACAUGUAGCUUCCUGACCUCUACCUUUAGUUACAUCCCGAAGAGUACUCUGGCAGCUAUCAUUAUAGUAGCCAUGUAUCACACCGUGGAUCUUAAUGUGUUCGUUGUUCUCUGGAGAACUAAAAAAAUAGAUCUUCUGCCGCUUACCGUAACACAAUUAUCCUGCAUAUUCUUAGGAUUGGAGUAUGGUAUGUUGCUGGGUAUUGCAAUAAAUAUGGGGCUUCUCCUGUAUUUCACAGCCAGACCAGGUGUCUCCAUAGAGAAUAGAGAAGUGGAUGGGAAAACAAUUCUAUUUGUCUCUCCAAUGCAAUCAUUGAGUUUCCCUGCAGCCGAAUAUCUACGCGAGAGAGUACUGUUCCAUUGUGAAAUGCGGAACGAUUAUGCUACGGUAGUCGUGGACGGGCGUCAUGUACACAGAAUAGACGCCACUGUAGCAAGAAAUUUAAAACUGCUGCAGGCUGACCUGGAAUCACGUCAUCAGACCUUGAUAUUCUGGAACUGGUGUCAAGAUGCCCAGGUACCUCUUACGGGAUAUGAUGAUUCCUUGGCGGUUCAUUUUCGUACCUGUAGAAAACUUUCAGACAUAUUUUCAGGUGAGACAGAACUUUUACAAUAUCUAUGUUCGUCAGUGCCGUUGCCUCCAGCGAUUCUUCGCAAUUAGAACUUUAUAAGGAGCGUAUUUUUGCACUUUCUUUUUUAGGUUCUGAUAUUGUCACGCAGACAUCGUUGAAUGAUCUCUGUUAAAAAGUAUCCUCUUACGACGUGCUGCAAGUACAUUUGUAUAAUAAAAUAUGGAUGAAAUGCA